UGUAGUAAUCCAUAACCAUUUUUUCAUUAAGUAAUAAAAAAGAAUAAUAAGGAAGUGUGAACUACAAUUUUUCAACAAGCUUCUAAAGCUGCAGUACAAGCUACAGUACAAAUACAAUACAAGGAAAUGAAAAUUGCAUAAGCUUAGUAGCCAACACUCAUAAACGGCGAGCUACACUUCCAAAUACUUCCAGCUGCUACAAAGUGCAUCCAAAACAAAAACCGCAGCAACAGAAUAAAAUCCUGCAUAAAUAAAUUUCAGCAUAAAUAAAUUCCAGCAAAGGCAGUUUAAGAAAAGCGACUCAAUUCGAACAACAAGCUACAAGCGUAGCAAGCCAAUGCCGACGCCGUUAACCAAGCUCCAAACGUCAGCCAGACAUGAACAAAAUUCUGCACAACAAAAAUUCUGCAUUUAAAUACAACAAAAGUUCUGCAUAAAAAUAAAAACGAAAAUAACAGAUUCCUAACAAACUUCUAAUAUCACUCUCCAUCACUCUAUAUAAAUCAAUCUUCACCUAUCUCAAGCUUCUUCGAGAUUCUUCUUCUUCUUCCCUCCCUCCAAACUCUAACAAACUUCACAAUCACCAUCAAGAACCAACCUUCACAAACCUUCAACCGCUUCCAAUCUUCACUCUUCAAUUCUUCCGCGUAACUGUAUCAUCAUCACAACCGAACCACCAAAGAUCCUGCAACAAUUCUGCAGCAAUUCUCUUCAUUCUCAGAGGUGAUAAGCAGAAGGAAAAAGAAGAAAUAAUAGAAAAGAGAAAUCCAGAAGAGAUCGGAAUAAUUGGAAACUCACGAUCCAAGAGGCUUCUUCUUCAUUUCGAUCGGCAAUACCGGUGUUACCUCUUCGUCUUCGUCUUCAUCUCAAAGCGGAGACGCGAGCGAGGCCUUCAUCAUCCACCAAGAACCUUCAACAAAAUCCGUAGAAGCUCGCAACUCAUAACGGAAUUGAUGAGAAGCUCCAAUCAGAAAGAAACCGAAAAUUGAAGAAGCAGAAGAAGGAUAGGAGCAGAGUAGCAAUUGUUCAUACCGAAUCAGUAUCUAAGCGCCGUCCGCCGUCGAAGGUUGAGCAACAUGCUGAUGAGGUCUAUGUUUGGGUAGUUUUGCUUCCACAAUCUGGCGUGAGAUUGUAUUAUUUUUAAAGCUAAGUUUCUCAUUCUUUACAUAUUCUUCCCUGGUUCUUAUUUUACUUCAUUGUAAAAUUUAAUAUUUCUUAUCUUCAUCAUGAAUUUGGAACAGUUACCAGAACAUUCUUCCGUCCGAAAACAAGAACUGUUGAAUAAUUUAAACUUCAUUUCCAACCUUAAUUUUAUUUUUGUUGGUGCUUUUGAUAAUUUUCUUAUACACAGUAAUUUCAAUAGCUUCUUUCAAAAAAAAGAAAAUUACAUUUGCACCUACGUUUUAAUAUCUUUAUUUCAUUUUUUGUUUAUUUCUCAAAUGUUUUUUAUUAUAGAGCAGACUUUAUCCUUUCCCGGAUCAGAGUCUCGAAUAUUUGUUUUUAUGUUUUUCACCUGUACAAUAUCACUGAUUAUGAUGCAUAUGAUAUCUUGGCAAUUGUGUCUAAUUGUUUUAUUUAUAUGGUUGUUCUGUGUUUUUUAUUUUGGAGUUAUUCUUAGACGUUUUAAAUUUUUAAAAGAAAGUGUUUCUGACGAACAAACUCAGCUUCCUGAACACCAUUCAAUUAAAAAACAAAAAUUUUCAACAAACCUACUUCUAAUUAUAGUCCAAAAUGCUGUAGCAUUAGGUUCGUUUGUUGCUUUGGAAAUAACAAAUAAUAUUUUUUUUGAUAAAAAUUUCAUUCAAAUAUUUUUGAUGUUCGUAGGUUUUAAUUUACAUUACACUUUAAUAAUUAUUUAUGAUGUCAAGACAAGCAAUUUGAAAAAUGAAAUGUUUGAAAUAACAGUAUCUAUCCUAAUACACAAUGCUAUAUCACUUUCUUUAGCUUUUUAUAUAUCCUAUCGAUUAUUUUUUGUCAUUUUUGUCGUUGUAAUUGUUUCAAAUAUGAUACUUUAUUUUCCAUAUAAAUGGAUAUCAAAAUUGUGGACAUGGAUAUCAAAAUUGUGGACAAGGAUAUCAAAAAUAAUAAUGAACUAUUGGCAGACUAAAAAAAAUGAACCCGCCGAAGACAACGUUCCGUCCGUAUCAUUACCAAAAACAAAUCAGGAUGUCCUCCGUCAUCGUUCUUUCAGUGGUAUGAGUUAUAUCUUCAAUAGUGUUGGGUUACUCAGGAAUCAGAAGCCACUUACAAAUGGUCCUGUUCUGGAUGCUGGUUUGCUAGCAGACCCAGAGAAAAAGAAUAGGCUUCUUAAAGGAAACAGAAUAGAAAAUGGAAGCUAG